AGCCACGUCUCCAUAUUCACUCAUUUAUCGUACAUUGCUUUUAAAAGAUGUUGGUGGUCGUUCUCUUUGGAUUUUUGCUUGCUCUAUUAGAAGGGGUACCAACUCCUCAACAAUGCUCUCGCGAUAGUGUUGAUUUUUGGGGGGCCGAUAUUGGAUUCAAUACUGCUGGAAGUUUGGAGAAAUGUGAAAAAAUAUGCAGAGAGAUGGCUACAUGUGCCUCUCUGACUUUCAGGGCGUCUAGCGACUCCUGUUGGCUGAAGAACAAAAGAGGUGGACUCAGAGGACCUUAUGUAAAAGGUGGACUAGUCAGUAUGAACAUGGAUUGCGGAGACAAAAAGUUUGACCAGUCUUGUAUCGAGGAAAACACGGAUUACUGGGGAGCUGAUAUUGGAGGGAGAAGAGCUCUCAACUUCGACCAGUGUGAGACCUUCUGUAGAGACGCCGAGGAGUGUGUCUCUAUCACUUAUAGAGCUGCUGAUUCUCAGUGCUGGCUAAAAUACAACCGCUUUGGAGCUUACGGUCCUUCGCCAGGCGAUGGACUUACAAGUCUGAAUAUGAACUGCACAGAACCUGCUAAAUCUGAUGGUGGCUGUAAAAGGAUUGAUGUCGAUUUUUGGGGGACUGACAUCCGUUAUAAGAAAACUGACAAUUUGGAGGAAUGCGAAAAGUUGUGCAAAGAUACUGAUGGGUGUGUUUCAUUGACAUACAGAUCGUCAAACAGAUUCUGCUGGCUAAAGAACAAAAGAGGUGGACUCAGAGGACCUUAUGUAAAAGGUGGACUAGUCAGUCUCAACAUGGAUUGCGGGGACACAAAAUCUGAUCAGACUUGUAUCGAGGAAAACACGGAUUACUGGGGAGCUGAUAUUGGAGGGAGAAGAGCUCUCAACUUCGACCAGUGCGAGACCUUCUGUAGAGACGCCGAGGAGUGUGUCUCUAUCACUUACAGAGCCGCUGAUUCUCAGUGCUGGCUUAAAUACAACCGAUUUGGAGCUUACGGUCCUAUACAAAAUGACGGCCUCACAAGUUUGAAUAUGGACUGUGCAGCACAACUUAGCUUUGAAAAAGGAUGUGAAAGACUUGAUAUAGAUUUCUGGGGGGCUGAUAUUGGGUUCCAGACUACUGAGAGUGUGGAAAGUUGUGAAGAAUGGUGUAAAAAGUCUCUUGGCUGCGCUUCUCUUACUUAUAGGGAGUCUGACUUCUCUUGUUGGCUGAAGAACAAAAGAGGGGGACUCAGAGGACCUUAUGUAAAAGGUGGACUAGUCAGUCUCAACAUGGACUGCGGAGACAAAAAGUUUGACCAAACUUGUAUCGAGGAAAACACGGAUUACUGGGGAGCUGAUAUUGGAGGGAGAAGAGCUCUCAACUUCGACCAGUGCGAGACCUUCUGUAGAGACGCCGAGGAGUGUGUCUCUAUCACUUACAGAGUUGCUGAUUCUCAGUGCUGGCUAAAAUACAACCGUUUUGGAGCUUACGGUCCUUCACCAGGCGAUGGACUUACAAGUCUGAAUAUGGAUUGUCCGACUGAAGCAUAAAUAUUCGGACAAAACUGUCAGUCGGAAAUGCAAAUUAAGUGAAUUGAUAUUUGAUACAUUCCUAAUGAUAAACUUUAUAUUUUGACAUGAGAUCUAUCAAAAUUCACAAAAAUUAAUAAUAUUUUUUCUGAUUCUAUGUAUAAUGUAUGUUUUAUCCUUCCAAAGAUUCAAA